AUGCGUAAUUUUGCCGUGCUGUCCCCCUUGGCCGGUGCGGCUGCGGCCCCGCUCCAGAGAUUGCGUAGUGUCAUGCUCCAGAUCAUGUCGUGUCAUGCUCCAGAUCAUGACCCACACGUCAGACCUUUCUUCCACCUCCCUUCACCCUCAUUACAUCGAACAGGUUAUGUGCGUCAGGCCGGGGCGGCGGCGGUGCUGAUCGCGGACACGGUGGACGAGCAGCUGCUGACCAUGGACACCCCUGGCGGCGUCCUCGUUGACUGCACCAGCUCCUCCCCCGCCCUCGCGCACGAGAUCGCCGCGGCCGCGCGCGCCGCCGGCUGCCACGCCGUCGACUGCCCCGUCUCCGGCGGCGACAUCGGCGCCCGCGACGGCACGCUCGCCCUCCUCGCCGGCGGCGACGAGGCCGUGGUCGCCUGGCCCAGCCUGCUCUUCGCGCACCUCGACAGGCCGACCUACAUGGGCCCCGCCGGCAGCGGGCAGAGCAGCAAGAUCGCGAACCAGAUCACGGUGGCCGGCGCGGUGGUCGGCCUCGGCGAGUCCCUGGCCUUCGCCGGCGCCGCCGGGCUCGACGAGCGGUUGUUCCUCGGCGCGGUGUCCAAGGGCGCCGUGAGGUCGCGCGUCAUGGACAUCUUCGGAGAGCGCGCGCUGAGCCGCGACUUCGCUUCUGGGGGCGCCGUGCAUCCAGGGUCGCCGCCAUUGGGCCCGGAGACGGGGCAACCCAGUUGUGCUGGAGGUCGGCAUGGCGCUGGAGGUCGGCGACGGCAAGGAGGAGGAGGCCAACAUGCUGCCGGGGUCGCCGCCAUUGGGUCCGCUUCAGUCAGCCUAAAAGUCAACACGCACAGUUAACGACCUGACAUGUGGGUCCGGCUUGCCAGAAAACGAUUAAACGAGUUAAAAUGGACAAUUUCAAAUCUUGGUAGUUUUUAGCAACGGAUUAGCAAAAUUUUGGUAGUUUUUCGCUAAUAAUCUAAAGUGGUAGUCACUGAACACAUUUGCGUCAACUAUGGUAGUUUUUGGCAAUUUACUCUCGGAAUCUUGUAGGGCACCACGCGGGUUAGCAAAAGAUGGUGAUGCCUCGUUUAUUAGGCUGGACUAAAACCUCGAGGAAUG